AAUUGGUCCAAAUUUGACAUCCCCCAUUCGCUGACCAAUCAGAAUGCCAGAAACGUGUUGGUACAUUAGGGAAGAAAACACACUACUGUCUAUAACCCCGUACUAGAGGAAUAUUUCUAACCGUGCUGCGACAGUUUGUGUGGUUGCAAAUAUAUAAACAUUUAGAGGAAACUGUAACUCUCCCUUCUGAUUCACAGUGGUCGUAACGUCGAGCUCUCUAACCUAAAUAUAGCCAGUGCUUGCUAGCUAGCACUGCAGCUAGUUGAAUAAGGUUCAUGCUUUAAAUGGCGACAACAGCAGAGUCCCUCAACCCGAAAGCAAAGCUCCUGUGUUCAACAAAACCUACCCUUUGCCCAGCACUAACCAUUAAAAUGGUGUGACAGCUGUCAUAAGUCCUGAGUGACAUACAUCUUUCAGUAAACUGGGUAAGCCUCCACAAAAUAUGGAGGACUCUCAUCAAUUGUACAUCUCUGAAUUUGGAGACCAUGAGGAUAUGGAGGAUAUUUAUCAAGAGGAAACUUACAUGGAACCACAUACAAUGAAGUCACUGGGCCCAGAGCUCCAUACAAUUCCCAAUCAGGGUACAGAUAAAAACUGGACUUUCCCCUGUCAACACUGUGAGAGACAUUUUACUAGCAAACAAGGCUUGGAACGACACAUGCACAUCCACAUGUUGAUGGACAGCGAGGUGCAGAAAUACAAAAGCAAUAGCAGGAAUUUGUCUGUUGGCACAAAUCUGGGUCAGCCGCAGCAUGAGAAGAAGAAGCCUCUGGACUCAGAGGGCUCAGUCAUCCAUCUUCAUAUUUCAUCCCCCACUAGCUCUAGUACUUCAAUUUUGUCAGCUGGAGACCACACUGCUCAGUCAGACAAAUGGGGAGUAUCAGACGGCCAUCAUGCCUGCAACUACUGUGAAAAGAUAUUCUCUACACAUACCAACAAACGGCAGCAUGAGCGCAGGAUCCACAAGCAGCACCUGCAACCAGAAGAAACUCACCUCCCCGAUGAGGAAACUCCUCAGGGGAUAUUCUGUGAAACCUCUGAAAACAAUACAGAGCUUGGUGAGGGUUCAGCACCUUUGGCUGUCUUGGGGAAUGAAGGAGAACCCACUGAACAAUACAUGUUAGAUAUAUCGAGCAAUAUUUCAGAGAAUCUCAGCUUUUACAUUGAUGGGAAGAUAGUGUCAACAAGUACAAUCAGUACUUGUGACACAACUGAAGUUCAAACUGGGUCUUCAACUUUAGUUCGACUGGACACCCUGAUUCUAGACCCCUCCCAAAUAAGCCAGGUUUUAAAUUUAGAUUCAGUUACAGGUAAAGAGAUACCUGGUCAACCAUUAGCCAAAAGAAGAACUGCAACACCUCCUCUUUUACCCCAAAUUAAAACAGAACUGGAGUCAGAGGUGGUUGUGUCUUCAUCCUCAUCAACCCUUGUAUCUUCCCUAUUAGAGAAUCUGCUUCCUCAGAAUACAGAGUCCACUAUUGCGCAGAAGGAAAGAACAGUGUUUCUCUCACCUAAGCUGAAGCAGCUCCUUGAAAAGCAGGAUGGCCUUAAACCUACACUUGCCCUGAUUGCAGAUGGCCAGAAGCCUUGUUCACCUGUCUCCCUCUCUGUCCUGCCUGCUGGAACAGGAAGGUUUAAAAGAAGAACCGGUUCGCCACCAAGCUCCCCACAGGAAAGCGUAACGUAUAAUGAGGAAACGGCAACAUUAGAUAUGGCAGACUGUGAUGCUGUGACUACAGCACAGCUUCAGACUUCACAUAGUUCUCCUGAGCACCAACUAACCAGUGAGAAGGAUGACACAACUCCAUCCAUGGAGGAGCCAGCAGUGAAACCAGUUUUUUCAGAAAACUGGCCUCAGAUCACAGGAGGUAAUUCCUGUAACCAGCGACCGCUGGAUCUGUCUAAUACAGUAAAAAAGUAUGAGGAUGUAGCUUUAGACGAUGCUGCUCUGGAUUUAAGCUUGCAAAAAAAGGCUCCAGGUGAAGGUGAACUCGCAUUAAACUUGGUUUCAGACAAAGUUCUAAAAGAAGGAAAACUAAAUACAUCCAUAAUGGAAAAGGCGUUAAUGAAAGUUAGAGAGCAAAAUGUAGAUCUAGGAAAUCCUGAGACCUCUUUAGUUGCAGACUUCACAAUAGUUACAGGUCCAGAUCUAAUGACCCCAGUUGAUCCCCUUGUAUAUGGACUUGCCCUUUCUUCUAAUUCUCUGACUCCUUCACCUGCCUCCCUUACGCCUGUCACCUUGCAGCCCGCUUCACCAUGCACCAUAGCAUUUGCUUCCUCAGCUUCACACACCCUGCUCCCCUCCGCUCCUUCAUUAAUCACAGUUUUAGCACCAACAACACCUAUUUCUAACCCUUCAAGCCAGCCAGUCCAUGUAAUGGCCCCAAAUAUAUCUCCUGAGCCCUUGGUAAUCUGUGCUGAAAAUGCAUUGAACUCUUCAGAGUGUGAUUUAACAGCGGCAUUCGCGACUGCAAAUUCUGCAAACCUCGUCACUCUCACCCAGUCCCUUGACCCUGCUCUAAAUCUACCUGGCCAUGUCUUUCUUACAGAUCAAAUAGCUCUCAAUCCACCAAUAGUUGAGUCCACUCCUGUAUCAGAGGUGCCAUUCCCCCCCACCAUAACCUUAAAUGAUUCCCUCAUCAACUCUUACAACAUUACUAGCAACACUGUGCUGAUAGAGUGCACAAUAGCUCUUGAAGCCCCAGGGAAUGUAGUCCCUGCUGCAAUUACCUUACAAGAUAAUACUGCUGAGCUUUCUGCACCCUCACAGAUGCUUGUUAAUCACAUAGAGCAGCAACAGAUUGUUUCAGUGCCCAAUCCUCAAACUGUGGACCCAACUGUUCUUGUGUCCUCCAUUGCAGAAUCUGUUACUCUUUCCACGACCACUUCAGUAAAACCUGCCUGCCCUGCUGUAGCUGUAUCAAGUCCUGUCCUAGAGCCGGUUGUUGAUGCAGAGCCACAAACAACAAAAGAAGAGGAAGCUGCUGACGACACUGUUUCCAUACCUGAAAUCCCAAUUAAAAGCCCUAUUUCUUCUGAAAAAGCUGACGAUGAUUCAUCACAAAGUGAUGCACAAGAACAGACUUUUACUAAAAACUUCAUCUGCAAUGUUUGUGAUAAGCUUUUCCAUUCAAUGAAAGAACUGAGCCAUCAUGUGGGUGACCAUGCUGAUGAAUGGCCCUACAAAUGUGAGUUCUGCGUGCUGCUCUUUGGCAAACCCUCUGCUUUGCUCGACCAUCGAUCAAGCCUCCACGGUGUCGGCAAGACUUAUGUUUGCAGUGCGUGCACAAAAGAAUUUGUCUACCUUUGCAACCUGAAACAACAUCAGGAGGAGUUGCAUCCCGGCCAGCAGUGUACAUACACAGAAGAGGAAAAGGGGAAAUUAAGACCUCAGAACUACAACAACUCAACAAAAGCAAACAUGGAAACCUUAGAGCCUGAUUCUCUGGUGGAUCCAGAGAAAGUGAUAAAAAAGGAAGAAGGUGAAGCAGACGUUGCUGCUGAAGAAUUGUUUACGACAAUAAAAAUCAUGGCCUCAGAUGGAGGUAAAAUCAAAGGGCCGGAUGUUCGUCUUGGCAUUAAUCAGCAUUACCCAAGUUUUAAGCCUCCUCCGUUUCCUUACCAUAACAGAUCACCUGCCGGCUCAGUGGCCUCAGCCACAAACUUCACCACCCACAACAUCCCACAAACCUUUAGCACAGCUAUUCGCUGCACCAAGUGUGGUAAAAGCUUUGACAACAUGCCAGAGCUGCACAAACAUAUCCUUGCUUGUGCAAACGCCAGUGAUAAACGGCGAUACACACCCAAAAAGAAUCCCAUACCCCUACGUCAUUUUGCAAAAACUCAAAAUGGAGUUCUGUCUACCACUAAUUCUACUAAUGGACUAAAUGCUUCAAACAGAUCCAGCCAGUCAAACAAGUCGAAACUUAACCAAGACUCAACUGUAAAGAUGAAGCUCAAGGUUCUGAACAGAAAGAAAAAAAAGUUGUCUCAAAGGGUCAUGCCACAGAGGAAUAAAUCAGUCCCCUCAUCAAAUAAGAUGUCACCUGGACAGGUGGAAGAGCAGCAGGAGAUCUUUGUGUGCCCGCACUGUAGUAGGGAGUUCACAAUGCGACGCAGCAGAACCAAACACAUGGCAGUCUGCCCCAAGAAACCAAAAGAGGUGAAGAAAAGGAAAGAAGGAGGAAUAUCUGUGACAAAGGAAAAUGAUGGGCACCUGCAUAGAGGAGUGGGAGAGAAAGCCUCAUCUCAGCAUAAAACAAGACUUCAAACUUCUGGUUCUGCUAAAAGACCAGCUGUGCUGCCAGUGCAGACUGUAUUUGCAAACAAAAGAAGUAAGAUAGUUAUAAAAGAGAGCAUGCAGCCAAAACAAGAGACACCCACUCUGAGUGAACUUCCUAUUGUUCGCACUUUCAACCCCUCCAUGCGGCAGUAUAGCAGAGUGCAGCAUAGCGUCAAAGGAAUCCCCAUUAAAAUCACCAUAGUGAAACCACAGCAGACUGCACCGCAGAAGAAUGAACCGCCCCAAAACCAGAGCCGAGAGGAAGCAGCCGGAGCCGUCAACAACAGCCCUGAGCACAGCCCCACAGCUUGAAGACCACUGAGCAGCCAACCAGGGAUCAUCAGGACCCUGCUGUUUGGAACUCCACCUGCAUACCUGUGUCAUAGUGAGACUUAAGGGAGAGAACUGCUAAACACACUGUAAAAACCAUGUACUUAAAGAUUGAAACAUACUGUAUGAUGAACGACAGAUUUUUUUGUACAUGUAAAGCAGAUGACUGAGGAUACCGCAGUGUGAGGAUGUGUUUAACCGAGUAUUUGAAUGCUUUUCGAAUGCUUGAAGUUUUGUAAAUUUCUCCCUCUUUUUCGAAAACUUUCUGUCACCGUCUUGGAUUUGCACUUUGAAGUUAAUCUGACUGCGACAUGUCAAAAAUUGGAGAGGAAGUGGGAGGAUUGAAGCUGGAAGGCUUCUCUCAUUUCAUACUUGGUGGGAUAUUCAGAGAGGAUGGCAGGUGGCAAUCAUUUUCAGCAUGCAUUUGCACUUUUCCUUUUCUGUUGUCUGUGGCCUUUUGCUUUGAACUUGUACUGCAUGCUUUGAACACCACACCUGCAUUUAUUAAGGAUCGUUUGUAUUAAUGCAGUAAGGCCUUACACACUGAAUCUUUUGUUGAUCCGUUGGUCUGACUGAAAAUAAUUAUUGUAAUUAUUUGAAAGACACAUCAAGAUUGCUUCCAAACCAAAAAGUAAUGCAUUCUGUAGUACAGAGCAACAUUGUACAUUAACCUUAACUACCUAUCACAAAUCUAGUUAAUAUCAACUCUGUCAUUCACUAUUAGGAAAGUAAUGUUCUCAUUAUUGCUGUGGAUUUAAAAUCAGUAGACUUAAUGCUACAGCCUUUGCUUAUCCGAAUUGUGUGUAAUCUGGUUAUGUUGUAUUAGAGAAAUUGUGCCAUAACAUUCAUAUGAUAUAUAAGAUACUACAUUUGUCAUAGAGGUGAGGUAGAGAGACAUAGAUUGGUGUUUCCCACAUACAGAAUUUAAUUUGGGAAAUAAACCUGUGAAAAUUGU